AUGGAGGAUAAUCGGAACAAGUCCGGAAAGGCAAAUAAAAGGAAAAUGAAGGGCGAGGAACGCAGAAAUUAUGACUCUUCACGCUUCAAGGAGUCUUAUAUGAAAGUUAUAAAGGAUAAUUGUGACCUACAGUCACAGAAUAUUGAAUCUUCCACUGAUAAUGCCCAAGCUUCUGCUGUCAAUCGUGAAACUGCGUCACCUUCAGUUUUCUCUUUACUUUCCGUUCCUGAGGUACCACAGUCUUCUUCUUUUAGUACCCGACGAGCUAAGCGGAAUCCACAGGCCCGAUAUUUAACACCUCAAAGCACGAACAACAUGGACAGUCCUGAAGAAAACAUCGUCGCCAUAUCAAACGAAACCACAGUCGCCGUUACCAGUGAGGAGACCGUUACCUCGAUUCGUGUCCCCUCUGCUUCUCUAACUCCUGGACCUUCAACUGAAAGCAACCUGAAGCGUAAACUACCAAGAGUCAAGGUAGAGAAAACACCAAAAUCAAAUAAAAGUACGAUGUGUGACUAUUGCGGUGUUCACUACUCCCAAGAUGUGGCACUUAGGAACGGAGCUGUAUGGGUAGAGUGUAUGAGCUGCGGCAAAUGGUACCACCAAGAAUGUACUGGCACAGAGUCGCCACAGUUCCUGUGUGAUAAUUGUGAUAAAGUAGACUUUUCAGGCACUGAUGACAGAGAUUGGGCACCUGAA